UUUGCGCGACGCGGUGCAUUUCGGGACUCAUGUGGCUUUGAUAGACUUGUAUAAAGUUUAGUCUAGUGAAUGUAAGACCUAGAGAGGGUAGGCUUGCAGUAAAAGGUGUGUGUUUCACUGUUGUGUGUUUUGAUUACACGUUCUUAAAGCUUGUCAAAAUGCAGCGCAUGCAUGGCAUGUGAUAUGUCUAUUAUCUAUUUGUGAAUUAAAUGCUGAUAUAUCUGAUUGAAUUAUGUAAAGACUACAAUUCUGGAUCCAAGUGGAUAGAUAUGGACCAUAGUAUUUAAUUUAGUCAAUCUUAGUUGAAAGAUUUAAACUUCAGAAACCAUCAAGCAAGCAAAUUCAAAAUCCCAAUGAAUGGAUGUGACACACGAACUGACUUCAAAAAGCAAAAAAAUUGUCAUCCUGAGUGAAUUGAUCUAACACAAUGCUGAGGAUAAAGGCAUUGCCUCUACUUCAGACACAUAUAUCAUGUUAUCCUUUGGUAGCUCAGAGAGUUCAUCAGUUGGCCUCCAUCAAACAUGUGUGUGUGCUCGCUGAGAGGAGGCGUCAGGGUCUUCUGUACCCCUUCAGCAGUCUGGAGGAGCACCUUUCCUCACAGGUCAGUCAGGAAGAAUUCAAGAUCUUUCAUCCCAGCUUGGAGGAACUCUGUCAGGCAGAGACACCGUUCACUCCCUCCUCUAAACAUAGUAUUGACUACUCUACCUCUGCGGUCCGGAUAGACCAUGUACCUCUUCUUAAACAGCCAGAGGUGUGUUUUAUGGGCAGAAGCAACGUGGGGAAGUCUUCUCUCAUCCGUGCCUUGUUCUCUCUUGCGCCGGAUGUAGAUGUGCGGGUCUCUAAAACUCCGGGCCACACCAAAAAACUAAAUUUCUUCACUGUGGGAAAGGCGUUUACUCUUGUAGACAUGCCGGGGUAUGGACACAAUGUCCCACGGGACUUUGUAGAGAUGGUUAAACCGUACCUUCAAGAGCGUCACAAUCUUGUGAGUACGUUCUUGCUGGUUGAUGGAGGUGCAGGUCUGCAGAAGGUGGAUUUAGUUGCUGUGGAGAUGUGUGAAGAGCUCAAUUUGCCGUAUCUGGGGAUAACUAAAAUAGACAGAACCCGACAGGGCGUUUUGUUGGCUCUUGCUCUACAGCUUCGGGACUUCAUCAAAAAUCAAACCAGCAUGUGUUUCCCACAGCCAAUUCUAGUGAGUUCAGUCCAGUUCUCUGGGAUUUAUCUGCUCAAGUGUUUCAUAGCACAUGUAACAGGAAAUCUACAGCUUAACGCUAAACAGUCGUGAGUGUACUGCACUGCCUUUCCACACGUCACAAAGACAAAUCUGAGGUCUGGACCCAAUGUUAUAAAACCAAUUUGAAAAUGACUGAUUUAAGCCAUUGAAUUGCUGAAUCUAUGUAUUAUUUUCAAAUGCAGCAGCUAGAAUCAUAUUAUUACUGGUUUCAGGAUUCAUGCAGCUCUGUAUAAACUCCCUGAAUGAUCCAGGAAUCAAGUGUAUGGUUUAACAACAUUUAUAUUUUAGUGAGAUCUUAGGGAAUACCCCAAAUGCACAUUCCUUUCUGUUGCUGUUAUUUGUUCUUCUAAAUAAAAUGACAGAAAGUGUAGCUCUGAAUGUUUGUGAGUGACUGUUCAACUUUAAAUCUUGCUCAUGCCUUUGU